CGCUGAACCCUCUUCGUUCUCGCCUACCCCGCCAUGCGUCUCUUGAUUCCUGAUUCUAGUGCGCACCUCAUCCUGCAUUCCCUCUUGCAAUGCGUUGCGAUAGCAGAUUGAGUCCGAUAUGAGUGUCAUCUGCUAGUGGCGUCCUCGCUUGACCAAUGCAACAUUACGCUGAUCUACCGAAGACUCCGGCUACAACACUAUCCCCUCGCAAUUCCAAUCAAGCCGCUUGUCUAUCCCUCCUCUUUGCCUCUUGCUGCCAGCUAUCGCUAACUGGUUAAGAUGGCCAGUCUCAUCGAGACAGCUGUUAGCACGAGCGUCGAUGUGCCUUCCAUUGACAUCAACGGCCACAGCAAAAGCACCAGUUCGAGUAAGGCUGCGAAGACAUCACCUGCAGAGAGUCUGACUACAAAAACACCCGGGAGGAGUGUGAGAAGCAAAUAUCGCCAUAUCGCGGCAUAUCACUCGGAGUUGCGGACCUCAUGUUUAAGCCGGGAUUCUACCGUCAACCCGAGCUUCAUUGGCUUUCGCAACUUGAUGGUCAUUGUGCUGAUUGUGAUGAAUCUCCGGCUGAUUGUGGAGAACUUUAUGAAAUAUGGGGUCCUCAUCUGCAUCAAAUGCCAUGAUUAUCGCAGAAACGACGUAUUCCUGGGAUCGAUACUGUUUGCACUUGUUCCGUGUCAUCUUUUCGUUGCAUAUAUAAUAGAGCUAGCUGCUGCACAGCAGGCCAAAGGCGCUGUGGGCCGGACGAAGAAGAGUCACGACCAAGCAGCAGAGUCCGAAAAAGAACGACGAGCAUUUCAAUCGACCUGGCGCCUCAUUGCCUUUGCGCAUACUGUUAAUGCUACCCUCUGUCUUGUGGUGACUAAUUUUGUUGUAUAUUAUUAUAUUCAUCACCCGGGUAUUGGUACUAUUUGCGAAUUCCACGCUAUCAUCGUGUGGCUCAAGAACUGCUCCUACGCCUUUACGAACCGUGACCUCCGUCAUUCAAUGCUACAUCCCUCCGAGCAAUCGAAAAUCCCUGAAAUUUAUUCAACAUGUCCCUAUCCCAAGAAUGUUACCGUUGGUAAUCUAACUUAUUUCUGGCUGGCCCCGACACUGGUUUACCAGCCAGUAUAUCCUCGUACCCCGCGCAUUCGGUGGAGUUUUGUCGGAAAGCGUCUUGUGGAAUUCGUGGUAUUAUCAGUUUUUAUCUGGCUCACAUCAGCUCAAUAUGCCGCACCCGUCCUUCGGAAUUCUCUCGAAAAAAUCGCAGUAUUGGACUUCACAUCUAUUGUCGAGCGAAUAAUGAAGCUUUCGACUAUUUCCUUGGUCAUCUGGCUUGCUGGAUUCUUUGCGCUCUUCCAAUCAUUUUUGAAUGCACUAGCUGAAGUGAUGCGUUUUGGUGACCGCGAGUUCUAUUCGGAUUGGUGGAACAGUUGGAGUGUCGGCAUGUACUGGCGAUCCUGGAACAAGCCUGUAUACUUGUUCAUGAAGAGACAUAUAUUUUCUCCCCUAGUUGGGAGAGGCUGGAGCCCGUUCGCGGCUAGUGCCAUGGUUUUCCUAUUCUCUGCCAUUCUACAUGAAUUGCUUGUGGGAAUUCCCACGCAUAACUUGAUCGGCGUGGCCUUUGCGGGUAUGCUGCUACAGCUUCCACUGAUAACAGUCACUUUACCGUUGGAAAAGAGGGAUGACCCUACUACCAGAAUCAUUGGGAACUCGGUGUUUUGGGUGAGUUUCUGUUUAGUCGGGCAGCCACUGGGGGCGCUCCUGUACUUUUUUGCUUGGCAGGCGAAAUAUGGCAGUGUCAGCAAGCUGGAGAAUUGACCUCUAUCUCGCGAUGGUGGCAGUUGGUGAUGCGUUGGGGAUUGACUGUUGAAAGAUAAUUGUUAAUGCGACGCUGAUAUAUGUUGAUUCAAUAUGCGUGCUUCCAUAUACUUUAAAGUAUCAAUUGAUCAGGUGAUAUGACGGUUAAUUUAAAUCUAGCUCUACCUUCACUUUCAGGAGAGAAAACAGGCACUCGAGAAAUCUAAUAAACAUGAAAUUCUCGAUCUGGGUUGAACCAGUUUGUGUGGUGCAAGUGUUGGUUAUUGCACCCGAUUUUAGCGCCAUGACGUUUGUUCCUUACGGAUAACGCCAUUAGCCCUUAUUGAUUUGCUGUCUAUUUAAUAUGCAGGGUAGC